AGCUCCUGGAAUCAAGACAACUCUUCCCAAGCCGCAGCAACGAACGUCUCCUACCGGCUGCACCACAUACACCAAUUUCUCCCCAUAUACCGCAGACAUGUUAUCAGCCUUAGGAAACCCGCGGCAGGCCGCCGCCCAGCUCAUGAACUUUGGCCUGAUACUGUCCACGGCUUUUAUGAUGUGGAAAGGUCUCUCCGUCAUCAGCGAUUCCCCCUCUCCGAUCGUCGUCGUCCUCUCCGGCAGCAUGGAGCCUGCCUUCCAAAGAGGAGACCUGCUUCUGCUUUGGAACCGAAAUCUGUUUACCGAAACGAGCGUGGGCGAGGUGGUGGUGUAUAACGUGAGGGAUAAAGAUAUCCCAAUCGUGCACAGGGUUAUCAGCAAGUUUGGCACUGGGCCGACUGCAAAGCUCUUGACCAAGGGAGACAACAACGAUUCCGACGACACGAAGCUCUACGCCCCUGGGCAAAACUACCUGGUUAGGGAAGAUAUUAUUGGGUGCGUUGCUCCUGAUUAG